AUGGCCGCUGCUAGGUCCUCGCUCGCUGCGCUCCGGUGCCUCCGCACCCGCCCCGCCGUGCGGACACUGCGCACCUCGGCUGUCCUUGCCCAGCAGCCAUCUGCCGCGCCGUUCAAGGAGCCGACCGGCGUCAACCCCGCCCUCGUCACGGCAAAGGUCAACACGCCGCUGCACGAGUUUGGACAGUACCUCACCACGUGUUUGCCCAAGUACAUCCAGCAGUUUAGCGUGUACAAGGACGAGCUUACUGUCUACGUUGCGCCGUCGGCUCUCGUCCAGACCCUCACCUUCCUCCGCGACCACACCAACUGCCAGUACAAGCAGGUAGUGGACAUUACUGCUGUCGACUACCCCACGCGCGAGAAGCGUUUCGAGGUCGUCUACAACCUCCUCUCGGUCGCGCACCAGUCGCGCAUCCGCGUCAAGACCUACGCCGACGAAGUCGACCCCGUCCCCUCCGCCGUCCCCGUCUACAACGGCGCCAACUGGUACGAGCGCGAGGUCUACGACAUGUACGGUGUCUUCUUCGAGGGCCACCCUGACCUCCGCCGCAUCCUCACCGACUAUGGCUUUGAGGGCCACCCUCUCCGCAAAGACUUCCCGUUGACCGGAUACUCCGAGGUCCGCUACGACGAGGAGAAGAAACGCGUCGUCUACGAACCUCUCCAGCUCACCCAGGCAUUCCGCAACUUUGCCGACUCGGCAUCGCCUUGGGAGCAGGUUGGCCCGGGUACCGAGUCGACGCCCGAGAACUACAAGAUCCCGCCCCCGCCGCCCCCCGAGGAGAAGAAGUAG